GUCAGACACUUCUCAGUCUUUUUUCGAAUAGUUUGAAUAUCUAUUGAAGUUUAACACGUAUUUAGCCAAUAUGAAAAUCUAUUUUAUUGUCGGCCUUCUCUUCAUGGCUAUGGUUGCUAUCAUGGCUGCACCUGUUGAGGAUGAAUUCGAGCCACUUGAGCAUUUUGAGAAUGAAGAACGUGCCGACAGACAUAGAAGAGUAACUUGUGACCUUCUCUCAUUCAAAGGACAAGUUAAUGACAGUGCUUGCGCUGCUAACUGUCUCAGUUUGGGUAAAGCUGGAGGUCAUUGCGAGAAAGGAGUUUGUAUUUGUCGAAAAACCAGUUUCAAAGAUCUCUGGGACAAACGUUUCGGUUAAGUGCCAUUAUGAAGAUUCAACGAUGAAAUUUUUUAACAAAAAAUAUGAAAACGCGAAAUGAUUAAGAAAUGAAAAAUGAAAAACUGUAUUAUCAUUGAAAAUUCUAUGAACUUUAAUUUACUUAUUUAAUAAAUAAUAUAAGUAAAUUAUCUUUUGGUUUAAUUUCUUUAAAGUAUUAUCUUUUGAAUAAAUAAAUUUUUUUAUAUAGAUAAAUUAGAUAAUAAUAGAAAAUAAAUUUUUUUUCUAAAUAUACUAAUUAUUAUAUUCAUUAUUUUAAUAAUUAAAUUGUUAAAUGCAGUAAUUAACAAUAGAAAUUUAAAAA